ACCCGAGCUGCUUCUGCCAUCAGGAAGCUGGCAGAGGAGAUAGAGGGGCCUGCUGAAUCUAUAUCAAAUUUUCUGUAGAGGAAACUAUAAAGAAUGUCAGAUACAGAAGAAAACCCCCCAGAAGAAACAAGAGAAAAUGGAGAAACGGAGAAAGAGGAGGAGGAGGAGGAAUAUAAUCCAAGGGAAGAAGAGGAAAUGAGUGGAGAGGAAGAGGAAAUGAGAGGAGAGGAAGAGGAAAUGAGAGGAGAGGAAGAGGAAAUGAGAGGAGAGGACAUGAGAGGGGAGGAAGAGGAAAUGGGAGGGGAGGACAUGAGAGGAGAGGAAGAGGAAAUGGGAAGGGAGGACAUGGGAGGGGAGGAAGAGGAAAUGGGAGGGGAGGACAUGAGAAGGGAGGAAGAGGGAAUGAGAGGAGAGGAAGAGGAAAUGGGAGAGGAGGAAAUGAGAAGAGAGGAAGAAAUGAGAGGAGAGGAAGAGGAAAUGAGAGGAGAGGAAGAGGAAAUGGGAGAGGAAGACAUGAGAAGGGAGGAAGAGGAAAUGAGAGGGGAGGACAUGAGAAGGGAGGAAGAGGAAAUGGGAGAGGAGGAUAUGAGAAGGGAGGAAGAGGAAAGGAGAGGAGAGGAAGAGGAAAUGGGAGGGGAGGACAUGAGAAGGGAGGAAGAGGAAAUGAGAGGGGAGGACAUGAGAAGGGAGGAAGAGGAAAUGAGAGGGGGUGAAAUGAGAAGGGAGGAAGAGGAAAUGGGAGAGGAGGAAAUGAGAGGGGAGGAAAUGAGAGAGGAGGAAGAGGAAAUGGGAGGUGGAGAAGAGAGAGGGGAGGAAGAGGAAAAGAUAUGGGAGGGAAAGGAGAGCAGUGAAGAGGAAAAAAGUGAGGAAAAAGAGAUAAGUAAGGGAACAGGAGGUGAGGAAGAGGACAAGGAGGAGGAAGAGGAGGAGUAUAUUGGGGAAAGUAAGGAGGGAAGAGAAGAGGAGGAAAAAGAGAAGAGUGGGGAGUGGGAGAAGGAGGAGGAAGGUAUCGCCUUAAAGAAAGCUGAGAGAAAAACUGGAAAAGCCCAGGAGGAAAGGAAAAAGAAGUCUAAAAAGCCAAUCCAGGUGGACGAUAUUGUCAUCAGCUCUGAUCCUCCCCAAAGCUCAUCCUCCCUGUCAUCCUCCCACUCCCACAGUCCUGAAGUGAGCGAGAUUUACAAAGAUGUCAGUAUGACUGUGGAUAAUAUCGAGGAAGCCACCAUCGGGUCUCAGGAGGAAACUGGCCAGAAGCCCGAAGACAUUUCAGCCCAAGAUGAAGCAAGAUUCAGAAAACUGUCCUUCUCCCUGGACGAAAGACAAAGGUUAUUCCAGUCCAAAGAACUGAGUGCUGAGGAGUCACUGGUGUCCAUCUCCACGGAGGACACCUUGUUCCAGAAGGAGGAGGACUCCAAGGUGUACCCUUUGAGCAUGACCUGGUCCUUCGGAUGGAACAGUUCCCUCCCUGUCUACUACAUGCGGGAGGACAGGAGAGUCAUUCUCUACAUCUGUGGCCACACCGCUGUCAUCUACGACGUCUUCAGGAACACACAGUACCACCUUCAGGGCCACCCUAACAUCAUCUCUUGCCUCUGUGUCAGCGAAGACAAGCGAUGGAUUGCCACAGCAGACGAAGGACCAGACUGCCUCAUAAUUAUAUGGGAUGCCUUCACGGGAAUCCCCGUGCACACCAUAUUUGACAGCUGUCCCGACGGUAACGGCAUAAGGUCAAUAGCCAUCACCCGGGACUCCAAGUUUCUGGCCACCAUCUCAGAUUCUGAAACCCAGAAAGUGUGCAUCUGGAAGUGGACUUUGGCAGUGGAGACGCCCGCAUGCACCCUUGAGCUUCCCAAAGAGUAUGGUUUCCAGGAAAACCUCAUCUUCAACCCAGCCAACAACAAGGAGAUGGUAAGCAACAGCAAGACCCAGGCCAUCUACUACUGCUGGUUUGAAGACAAGGGUAUACUCGUUCACAGUGCACCGCUUUUAACAGAGAAAACGUUCAACAAACUUGUGGGGAAAUUUAGCCAGUCUAUUUUUCACUUGAAGUUACCACAAGUGCUAUCAGCAACAAAGGAAGGGAAGAUGGUUGUCUGGGAUAUCCACUAUCCCCCCUCCUCCUCCACCACCGCCACCACCACCACCACCACCUCCUCCUCCUCCUCCUCUGCAGACUCUGUCUCGGCCUUCCCUUUCAUCAAGCCUCGGAAACUGGUCCAUUUACAGAAGGAGGCCAUCACGGUGCUCACGACAGUAGACAGCUACAUUGUCACAGGUGACAUUAAGGGUAACAUUAAGUUCUACGAUCACACCCUCUCCGUUGUCAACUGGUACAGCAACUUCAAACUGAGUGCUAUAAGGACUCUGUCCUUUUCAAAGACCCUGCCGAGCCCACCGACCGAGAAAUCGAACCUCCCCACAGACUGCACUCUAAGAGGCGACCUAUUCGUUGUCAGGAAUUUUAUCAUUGGGACAUCUGACGCCACUGUGUACCACAUGACCGUGGAUGGCACCAAACUCGAGAAGCUCUUUGUGGAGCCCAGGGAUGCCGUCUAUGCCGUCUCCUGCCAUCCGUACCAACCCCUCAUUGCAGUCGGGAGUGUCUGUGGGAUGAUCAAAGUGUGGGACUUCGAGAAGAAGGUGUACCUGUUCAGCAGGGCCUUUGAGAAGGGGCUUGGAGUCCAGUGUCUGACCUACAACCCUGAAGGGGCUCUGCUUGGAGCUGGCUUCACCGAAGGGACAGUUUAUAUUCUUGAUGCCAUGUCUUUAGAAAAUGAAUGUUCAGAGCCCUUCAAAUAUUCCAAAAGCAGCGUGUCUCACGUCAGCUUCUCACACGACUCCAACUACAUGGCGACCGCUGACACCAAUUUCACCGUGGCCGUGUAUAUUGUGGUGGUCAAAAGUGGACAAAGGGUCUGGGAAUAUUUGGCAAGACUUCGCUCUCACCGCAACAGCAUCCGAAGCCUCCUGUUCGGGGUCCACCUGGACAGUAAUGAGCCCAGGCUGCUGAGCCUUGGGAAGGACAGAUUCCUGAUCGAGUACAAUCUCCUCAAGAGCUACAAAGACCACCUGGAGGUCCUGGACAUUCACCGAACAGACCAGGGCAACUACCCCACCUGCAUGAUCUGGUACCCGCCGCUCACCAAGGAGCUCUUCCUGCUAAUUUGCAAUAGCGGCUACAAAGUGAAGCUCUUCAAUGCCACCACGAAGAUGUGUAGAAAAACACUCCUUGGACCGGCAUAUGGGUCGCCUAUUGAGCAUGCGCAGGUGCUCCCAGUAAAAUCCACGCUAGAGCUGCAGAAGCGAUACUUGGUGUUCAUUAACAAGGACAAGGUUGGACUCCAGAUCUUACCAGUUGAUGGCAACCCACAUAAAACCUGUGCUAUCGUUUGCCACCCAAACGGGGUGGCCGGGAUGGCUCUUUCCCAUGAUGGUCGCUUUGCCUUCACAGCGGGAGGCCAAGAUCGCUCCGUGGUGCAGUGGAAAAUUAACUUAGGUGCCCUGGAGGCAGCCGUUUCUCUCGGGGGUGAAGACUUGACCCCGUUCUAUGGUCUGGUGUCUGGUGGCAGGGAAGGAAAAUUCUACAGGGAGCUGGAGGACUAUUUUUACUACUCUCAGAUCCGCAGUCAAGGCAUCGAUACAAUGGAGACCAGGCAGGUGUCUGAACACAUUUGCCUAUCGGAGCUUCCUUACGUCAUGCGAGCGAUUGGUUUUUACCCGUCCGAGGAGAAGAUCGAGGACAUGUUCAAUGAAAUCAAAUUCAGCGAAUACGUCGACACGGGGAAGCUGAUUGACAAAAUCAACUUACCAGAUUUCCUCAAAGUUUAUCUUAACCAUAGGCCGCCUUUCGGCAACACCAUGGACGGGAUCCAGUACAGCUUCGACGUGCUUGGUUUCACCAACUCUGAAGGGAAGAAGGCUAUUCGGAGAGAGGAUUUCCUGAACUUACUCCUCACUAAAGGUGAACACAUGACAGAAGAAGAGAUGUUUGACUGUUUUGCUACUCUGUUUGGCCUGACUCCCGAGGGGUGGAAAUCCGAGCCCGCAGCCACCUGCCUCAAAGGUCCAGAAAUCUGCCUCCAAAAAGAACUUCCAGAGGAGAUCACUGCAGAAAUAUUCACGACUGAAAUUCUUGGCUUAACCCUUUCCGACAGCUCAGAACAGCUUAAUCAGUGAUGUCAUUGUUGGCCAC